CUCCACCCGAGCCUAGCCCACAGUCCACCGCGGAGCCCAAAACCCUAACCCCCCACCCCACCUCCCAACUAUUAAAGCCUCCGCCCAAGAAAUCCGGCGCACGCACGCUCGCCCCUCCUAUCCCGUCAUCUCUUUCCUCCCCCCUCGGCGCAGCAACAGAGAGAUGGCGGCGCUGGCGACGGCGACGGCGGUCCACGGGAGCCAGGCGGCGGGCGCGCUGGCCGUCGCCGCGCAGAGGCUGCUGGUCCUCCUCGCUCUUGCGAUGGAAGCUGUAAACAAUGGAGCCGAUAUCUUCACUGAAGACCAGCAAGAAAUUAUCAAGCAAUUUGGCAGAAUCAAAUCCGAGACUGUGCCUGAGAACAAGGAUGCAGGGUCUGAUGACGAUGACGACGAUGAUGAAGAUGAGGAUGAUGAAACUGGUGAUGCUGAUGAUGAUGAUGCCGAUGCUGGGGAAGACUUCUCAGGUGAAGAAGGCGAGGACGAUGACGAGGACGACGACCCUGAGGCGAAUGGCGACGACGCUGGUGCGGGGAGCGACGAUGAUGAUGGUGAUGACGAUGAUGAUGAUGGUGAAGAUGGCGAGGAUGACGACGAUGAUGAUGAGGACGAGGAUGAGGAGGACGAGGAAGAUGAGGACCAGCCGCCGGCCAAGAAGAAGAAAUGAUCUGCCUUCCUGCUGUCAGUGUUUCAGUCCGUUAGUUUGUCUGCUGUCUAGAUGAUGAUUGAGCGGGUCUGGUACACACCGACCUAUGUAGCUUCUGUGUCGUGGUGGUUUGGUGUCUCAUAGGGUAGAACAUUGAACUUCUAAUGUUGUUUCCUGCGUUGUGCAAGUAGUCUUAACAUUUCGGUGUUGAUGUGCUGUGUUUAUUGGAGCUGUGAUACCAUUCAAUCUAAUUCUUGUUACUCCA